CACAGAGAACCUGCACUACACUGGAGGAUGUUAGAGUAGAGAGCAGCUCGCAUCCUGGGAGAAACAAGCGAUAACUCACUGAUCACAUCGUCAGCUGAACGAGAAAGGACGUUGUGUUUACCAACUUGCGGCAGGAGGAGGGGGGGAGAAGCUGCUGACUGUGUGCUCGAAAGGGGGACAUCAGCCCUGACACUUGGCGGGGUAAAGCGAGAGAGAAGUUCACGUUCGUCCUCUAGAGUCUGAAGAGGAGAGGACUGACCGGACUGUGAUCGCCUCUGUGUGUGCACCACAGAGAGAGACAGAGAAUCUUGUGGGCACCACAGAGAGAGAAAAAUCUUGUGGGCACCACAGAGAGAGAAAAAUCUUGUGGGCACCACAGAGAGAGAAAAUCUUCGGAGCACCAGAGAGACAGAAAAUCUUGUGAGCACCACAGAGAGAGAAAAAUCUUGUGGGCACCACAGAGAGAGAAAAUCUUCGGAGCACCAGAGAGACAGAAAAUCUUGUGAGCACCACAGAGAGAGAAAAAUCUUGUGGGCACCACAGAGAGAGAAAAAUCUUGUGAGCACCACAGAGAGAGAGAAUCUUGUGGGCACCAGAGACAGAGAGAGACAGAGAAUCUUGUGAGCACCACAGAGAGAGACAGAGAGAGAAUCUGCCCCUCUAUAUGUCUACAAAGAUGGAGCAGCCUUUCUACCACGACGACACCUUCCUGGGGGGCUACGCCGGCGCCGAGGGCGGUCUGCACGACUACAGCUCCAAGUACCUGAAGCAGAGCAUGAGCCUGAACCUGGGCGAGCCGGCCCGCUCGCUGAAGCCGCCUCACCUGCGGGGGGCCGAGGAGCAGCUGAUGGGCGCCGCCUCUGCUGCUGCUGCCGCCGCCGCCGCCGCCGCGGCCGCGGACGUGGGGCUGCUGAAGCUGGCGUCGCCGGAGCUGGAGCGGCUCAUCAUCCAAUCGAGCAACGGGGUGAUCACCACCACGCCCAGCCCGGGCCAGUACUUCUGCGGGCGCAACAUCACCGACGAGCAGGAGGGCUUCGCCGACGGCUUUGUCAAGGCGCUGGAGGAGCUGCACAAGAUCAACCAUGUGGCGCCCAACGUGUCCAUCUCGUCCAGCCCGGGCAUGAGUUGCAGUAGCGCCGCCCCCGUCCACGGCGCCUACGGCUCCUCCGAGGUGCCGCCGGUCUACACCAACCUGACCGCGUACAACGCAGGGGGCGGCGGCGGCGGUGGCACCUACCCCAGCGCCACCAUCAGCUACCUCCCCCAGCCCCACGCCUACAGCAGCGGCGGCGGAGGAGGAAGCCUGCCCCCGGUGCACCUGAGCGGCCCGCCCCCGCCCCAGCCGCGGCUCCAGCGGCUCAAGGAGGAGCCGCAGACCGUGCCCGAGGUGCAGAGCCGCGGCGAGACGCCGCCGCUGUCCCCGAUCGACAUGGAGAGCCAGGAGCGCAUCAAGGCGGAGCGGAAGCGCAUGAGGAACCGGGUGGCCGCCUCCAAGUGCCGCAAGAGGAAGCUGGAGAGGAUCGCCCGGCUGGAGGACAAGGUGAAGACUCUGAAAUCCGACAACGCCGGCCUGGCUUCCACCGCCACCGUGCUGAGGGACCAGGUCUCUCAGCUCAAACAGAAAGUCAUGACUCACAUCAGCAGUGGCUGCCAGAUAGUAAUUACUCAGAAACUCCAGGGCUUCUGAGCAACAAAAAAAGAGUGUGGACUUUGGGGCCAGCCGGAGAGACUGAGUAAAUUUUGUUUGUUUGUAUUUUCAGGAGAGAAAAAAAAAUGAGGAGGGAGUGAAAAUGAGAUCUUUUGGGGGUUUUGUUUUCCUAAUGACACUGGAACUCCCUAGAAAGUUGCAUGGGGUUGAGACGCGCGUUGGGGGAGACAAUCCUGAAUCCUGACUCUGUAACACCAGAUAACGGGCAGAGAACUAACUGUCCACAUCGGUCGUGGUAGCGCAGGAGAUUUUUUUUAAUUAAAAAAAAACUAUGGUCAUUUUGUUCUUUAUCUUAACUAAAGAAGGACGCUGACAUUUCUCUCUUGAUGCUGCACACAAUUUGUAAAUUAUUCCUCGUUUUUUUUGGAAAAAAAAUGUUAUGUUUUAGUUUGUAACAAACUCAGUUCGAUUUUGUGUUUUUAUUUUGACAAUCUUAAUGUUUUUAAGUAUUUAAGUAAAUAGUUUAAACUGUGAA